AUGACUUUUAAUCGCCCCCUACCCAUCUCCGGGGCGUGGGAGGACCCCGAUGCGUACAUUGAGGCCCUCCUCUCCUUCUCUACUACGUCGGUGCUCUUUAUGAAUUUGUGCGGUGGCGUGCAUAUGGUCGACUUUCUGACCCGGGAGCCCGACCUCUAUACACAAAUCCUGCCAAAAGAUUGGAUAUAUUUCUUCGAACAGCAUGAUACACAGGAUAUCAUCCGGCUACUUCUACGAGAGGACAUUGAGCACUUACGAGGCGCCGGCGAGCCUUCCGUAGAUCAAAGCAGCCGUACUUGGAAUGGAGGAGCAUUCCCUCCCCAGAGCCUCUUAGACUAUAUUUUCAAUAUCCGUCUACUGACACUCCAACGAGAAAUGCCCACCUCAUCUCCGGAGAGGAUCGAAUUGCCAAAGCAAGUUGCUAUGCAUAUGAACCGAAAAAAAGUACACGAGGUUCAGUGCCUUUCUCAACAUGUCGCAUCUCUAUCAGAAACUGUCAAUAAGCGCCGAGGUGAGCCAGUCACUCAUAUUGUUGAUUUUGGGUCUGGACAGAACUAUCUUGGACGGACAUUGGCCAGUUCGCCUUACUACAAGCAUAUCAUCGCAAUUGAGCGCAAGCAUCAAUAUAUCAGCGGUGCGAAGAGUAUGGAUGUUCGAGCCAAGUUGGCAAAGAAUCCAAAGGCUCAAUAUUUUCGCAAGGACAAAAGUCCAUGCGAUGGCUGCAACGAUACCCCGGAAGUGACGGUUUCUGAAAUGACGGAUACCUCGCAACCAACGAUAGAGGGCUCGCAGGUACCGGAUGUCCCUGUGUUCGAAAUAGCCGAGAUUAGUCUUCAAUCUGACGAGCUACUCGGAUUCCCCAUCAAAAGCCCAUUACAAGAAAAACUGCCAGAGCCAGAGCCAGAAAUACGCGGUACUCUCAGCUAUAUUGAGCAUGAAAUCCAAGAUGGCCUCUUAGAGCCCAUUAUCGACCACAUCAUUCAUCCAUCCCCCGCUGAAGCCUCUGAUGGAAAAGGAAAAGAAGAGAGCGAUGCUAGAUUGAUGGUCGUUUCCCUUCACUCUUGUGGAAACCUUGUUCACCAUGGUCUACGAUCCCUGAUUCUAAAUCCUUCAAUUGUGGCUGUCGCUAUGAUCGGUUGUUGCUACAAUUUGUUGACGGAACGCCUCGGUCCAACCACACAUAACCUCCCUAUCCUUCAGUCCCUCCACCCUCGACUUAAAGAGACUGGAACAUCCUACGAUCCGCACGGGUUCCCUAUGUCCAAAUACUACGAGAAUUACCGAAGUCCCGGAGCAACGACCGGUAUGAAGCUUAACAUCACAGCUCGUGCACUGGCCGUGCAGGCUCCAUACAAUUGGGGCUUGAAUGACAGUGAAGUGUCCUUUACCCGUCAUUUCUUCCGUGCUCUUCUCCAGCGUAUUCUCGUUGAUCGAAGCAUUCUUCCUAAGCCCUCUGUGCCGGAAGACCCCUUCCCAGAAGCUAGAUCUAUUAUCAUCGGAGCAGUGCCUAAAGCUGCAUUCAAGUCCUUUACUGCAUAUGUUCGUGCUGCGACGAUCAAGAUGAGUCGAGACCCGAUAUAUGGUCCCCAGGUGCAGGAGCAUAUUGCUACCCUGACUGAUGAGGAGAUUCACUCCUACGAGACUCAGUACCUGCACACGAGAAAACAUAUGAGUGUUGUGUGGAGCUUAAUGGCGUUCAGUGCUCAGCUCGUGGAGUCUAUCAUUGUUGUGGAUCGGUGGCAAUUCCUUCGUGAACAGGACUCGGUCAAAGACUGCUGGGUUGAGCCAGUGUUUGACUACAGUGAAAGUCCGCGUAAUUUGGCGGUCAUUGGACUCAAAAAGUGA